ACAAAUCAAAGAUGGGAACAGAAAGCUAUGGAGUUAUAAACGAUAUUGCACAAGUUUUUCGCCCAUACAUUCAAAACAUAUAUCAGGACCUUAAAUUGGGAUUAUGCAAAACAAAGGUUGAUAUCGAAAGAAUAUCAGGAUCUGCGGAAGGAGCCGAAAGUCAAUUCCGAUUAGUUCUACCAUACUGUUCUAAGAAAUUGAAAUGGGAAGUAAUCUUUGAUGCUUCAACUCCAUGGUUUGCUCCGGACUUUAGAUUUGAUGAUGAGUCAUUUCUGAAUAAUCUUGAUGAAGACUUUUUGGAGGAUAAAGUCCCAAGCCUUGCUAAGUGGAAUGAGAAUGAUCCUAAGGCUUUAAGUGGAGUCAUAUCAGAGCUGCUGAAUUUGUACAAGAUUCAUCAGAUUAGAAAAUUAAAUGAAGAUGAGAGUUCGCGAGCUUACUUUGAGUAUAGUGCCUUACUUGGGGAUGCACUUACAUCGGAAACAGAUAUUGAAGUGUGGGUCGGGAGCCAUGUUGUCGAGUUCCUGAUAAGGCUGAAUGUCGACACUUCUCGAUUGCCAGAGUUAUUCAAUGAAAGGACGGGCGUACCGGACCGCGACUGGGUCCGCCGUACGUCAAUGAAGGAUGCAGCUAUAGAUGAGAGCGAGAAAGAGAUAUUUUGA